UAAUCGUGAAUAAGUGGUUACAAGGCAGUUCUGCUGGAAAUGGGUAUAUAAAAAAGGGAUGAAAAGAUCAUUGCUUUAUCGUUCUCUACCAUCUUCAAUCGAAAAUAUAAUCAAUUAUUUUUGGAGAUUUUGUUCUCUCAAGAUGGCUGAUAAUAUCCGAAGAUCCUUACAAGAUAUCAACUUCGGCGCUGAAGACGAACCUUUUGUCCUUCCAUCAGAUGUGGUGCGUCAAGCAGAGGAGGAGAAUCGUUUUAUCCUAAUCGGGCGUCCGGUGAUGCCGAGAAAGCAGAACCUGCGUGCAAUUGUUGCAACAAUGCCACGAAACUGGGGUUUUGAUGGUGUGGUUCGCGGACGAAUCAUUGAACAUAGACGUUUCCAAUUCGUCUUUCCAACAGAGGAAGCCAUGGACACGGUGAUCAGAAGAGGACCCUGGGCGUAUGCAGAUCGUAUGCUGGUCUUACAGAGAUGGACGCCCCUGAUGGAUAUGGGUACGCUCAAUCACAUUCUUUUCUGGAUCCAGAUAAGAGGAAUUCCCCUUCAAUACAUGAAUCGCCUGGUGAUUGUACACAUUGCUCGCGAACUUGGAGAGUACAUCCAAAUGGAUUACAAUGAGGAGGUGGGAGGCAGAAUGGAGUUUGUCAGGGUUCGUUUGAACUGAAAUGUCAACAACCCCCUAAAGUUCCAGAGAAAUUUCCAGUUCAGUCCUGGUGUCAACACAUUACUUCGGAUUCAGUACGAGAGACUCCGUGGUUUCUGUGAAACCUGUGGUAUGCUCACACAUGAUUCUGGAGCAUGUUUGAUCCAGAAUGGCGGUGCGGGUCCAAAUGAUGAAGACAACGACAGUGGAGGAGAGGGAGAUGAAGGUGUGGAACACGUUCCAAACCAAGGUGUGAUCAUUGAGGAAAUAAAUGAAGAGGUAAAUGAAGGAGACAAUGCUGCUGAUGGUCAACAACCGGGGGCUGCUGCUGAGAUUGAGGAUCCUGAACAA